AUGUUCUCCAUCCGUAACAUCGUCCUCGCCAUCACCGUCCUCGGGGUCGCCCCGGCCGCCCUGGCCGCGCCCUCUGCCGCCGAGGACUCGCUGGCUCAGCAUGUGGAACGCGACUUGGAUGCCAACGCUGUUCAGUUUGAGCAGCGCGACGUGGCCGACGAGGCGGAAGCCGAUGACGAGGAUGAAGCCGAGGAUGUUCUCGACAAGCUCGCUGGCCGUGCCCCGGCCGCCGGCUGCUACACCACCAGCCGGCGCGGCAAGAACUGCCACUCGUCUCAGUGCCCCGGUGCCACGCAGUGCAAGAUCAACAACCGCGGCAGGUGUGUCUUCUCCAAGCCCAAGAGGCAGAGGCCCUUUGGCUGCGGCCAGUGCAGGUGUGCCAAGUUCACCUAG